AUGUCCGCUGGCCAGCCUCUGCUCAAUCUUCCUCCCCAUUUUCAGCAUGCUGCCCAUCCCCAUCUCACAAAUAAUUCACACCUACAGCCUGGCAUAGACAGUGCCGCCUUUUCUCAGUCUGGCCCCGGCGCGACCUCUUUCUCGUCCGCCAUGGACCCCUCUCAGUUUAGCGAUUUUUCCUUUGCCUAUGCCAGCAUGCCCGGCCUCGCGGACCAGUCGGCUUCCGCCUUUGACGACCCUUCCGUCUCCGACCAUUUCUCUCUUCACUCUACAAUGGCUCCUGCUUCGGUGAGCGGUGCCAACAUGAGUUCGCUGACCGCAGCUUCCACGUCCAGCUUUGCCAUGGACCCCUCUGCCUUUGCCACGCCCGGCAUCGACACGGUUCCCGACGAAAACGCUCCCAUGGAGAGGCACUCUCCCAGCCAUAACUCAGUCGGAGACAGCACAAACGACGACUUUGGCUUAUCCACGACAGGCCGCGCCGAUGGAACUGAUCUAGGCAAGAGCAAGGUCGACAAGGCCGAGACGCCUGCUUGGAGUGAGCUGAAAACAAAAGCGGGUAAGGAUCGAAAGCGUCUGCCCCUCGCUUGCAUCGCCUGCCGCCGCAAAAAGAUUCGUUGUUCUGGCGAGAAGCCUUCCUGCAAGCAUUGCUCCCGCUCCCGAAUACCCUGCGUCUACAAGGUGACCAGCCGCAAGGCUGCGCCUCGCACCGACUAUAUGGCCAUGCUUGAUAAGCGACUCAAGCGUAUGGAGGAACGCAUCAUCAAGAUUGUCCCCAAAUCCGAACAGGACAAUCUUUCACCCGUCACUCGCGCCGUCGUCAAACCUGCAAUACCUGGCACCAACGCCGCCAGCAAGGCCGCCGCCGCCAAGAAACGUCGCGCUGAUGAAGCCUUCUCUCCAGAGCUUGAGUCCUGGGUAAAUCCACCUUCAAAGUCCAAGAUUGGCGGCGGUGACAGUCCUUUGAUUGCCGCCGACUUGCAAGACAAGGAGGAGUCCAGGCUGCUGCGUGAGGGCAUUGAUGCUCUUCCUUCAAAGGAGCUUCAACAGCAUCUCGCCGAGGUCUUUUUUGAUAGCGUUUACGGACAGGCCUACCACCUGCUUCACAAGCCAAGCUUUAUGCGAAAGCUAAAGUCAGUCUCACGAGUCGACCCUGAAGUUCAUAACAAUACUAACGUCUCACGCAGGAGCAAUUCUCUUCCUCCGGUUCUGGUGCUAUCCGUUUGCGCUGUGGCCGCUAGAUUCUCGACUAAUCCCAAACUUGAAAUCUCAACGCGUCCAUUCCUUCGAGGAGAGGAAUGGGCCCAGACCGCCAGAGAGAUUUGCAUAAAACGCUACGAGUGGCCCAACAUGACGAUUUUGACAUGUCUCCUCAUCCUCGGGCUUCACGAAUUCGGUACAUGCCAUGGAGGCCGCAGUUGGGCGCUCGGUGGCCAAGCCAUUCGCAUGGCUUAUGCUCUGCAGCUGCACAAGGACCUUGACCACGAUCCGCAGAGCAAAGGUCAAAAAGUCCCGCUCAGCUUUGUCGACCGAGAGAUUCGGAGACGUAUUAUGUGGGCCUGCUUCCUCAUGGACCGCUUUACGUCGUCCGGCACAGACCGACCCAUGUUUAUUUCUGACGACUCUCUCACCAUUCCACUGCCUGUAAGCGAGCGCUGCUUUCAGCUAGACAUGCCUGCUCAGACAGAACUCUUGGAUGGCCGACCAGGGCCGCUAGCUGUAGAGGGCCAAGCGCCAGACACGGAUCUGCGCAGCAACAUGGGGCCAUCUGCUUUCUUUAUCCGUGGCCUUGCUCUAUGGGGUCGUGUUGUCACUUACUACAACCACGGCGGCAAAGACCGUGAACAGUUUCCCCAGUGGGAUGAGCGCUCACAGUACUCAAAGCUCGUGCGAGAUGUCGAAGAACUACUCCGCACUCUGCCACCGCAAUUGCAGAACUCCAAGGAAAACCUCGAGCUCCACAUCACGGAGAGGACUGCUACGCAAUACCUGUUCAUGCAUAUGACCAUACACCAGAGUCUGCUCUACGUUUGUCAAGCCGCCAUGAGCAGCAACCAGUCCAACUCGGAUGCGCCCAAGGAUUUCAUUCCUCGCCUGACGGCCAAGACAUUCCAUGCAGCCAACAGCAUCUCCCAGUUGCUAAAGGACGCUGAUGAGCGCCAGUGCUUCGUGACCGCACCCUUUGCGGGCUAUUGUGCUUUUUCAUCGUCGUCUGUGCAGAUUUAUGGUAUGGUCUCUGGAAACCCAAAACUCAAGGCAGCUGCUGAAGUGCACCUUGCCAUCAACAUCACAUACUUGAAAAAGAUGAUGAAAUACUGGGGCAUGUUCCACUGGAUGGUUGACGACAUUAGACGCCAAUACAAGAAUGCCUACGACGCCUCCCGUCGCCCUGGCAUCAACGGUGCCGUGCAAAGCCGGCAGCCGUUGCUGCAGUACGCCGAUUGGUUCAACCGCUACCCUUCUGGCGUGUCCAAUGUUGAUUGCAUGGACCCAAAUGUGCCGAGACGCGCUGAGGGAGGAGAGGAUGCUGUAUUGGAGCAGAAAGCAGAGCUGCACUCUGUUGGAGAGUUUCUGGAGAAUCUUUCACCCGCUUCACAUGCCGCGGACGGCAAGGACCCUAGCAAGACGCCUCUGCAAAAGAGGAAAACUGUGCCUCCCAAGAAGAACGCCGCAGGGCUCACACCUCCUGUCAAACUAGAGCACUCAACCCCCGAAGCCCGACACGCGUCAGUAGCGCCUACCCCUCGCCGAGUUUCGGACCAGUCUGGCGGUACCCCUCGCCUGCAAAUGGAUCAGCGCAAGUUUUCGAAUCCGAGCAGUACGCAGCCUCCCAUGCCGUUCAACGCGCACAGCAUGCCUGCUCAGUCGCAGGCAUACAUGUCGAGCAUGUCACCCAUCAGCCCCAACAACAUGGCUCCUUACCAGUCACAGCCACAGAUGCCAUUCUUUGCCGACAUUGUGCCUUUGGGCAUGGGGGCCCAAGACCCCGGGAUCCCUCAGCAAAUGUUUGGUAUCGUGCCAGGUGGCAUGAACGCGCCACCGCAGGACAACCCUAACGGAUGGCAGGGCAUGGCAAAUGGUGGUCAGCACAAUACACGCCCAACUCCAGCAGCAGUUCCCAAAGGAGGAGAUGCCCCCAUGCACCCGGCGAGACACCCUUCUCAGCAGCAGAAUCCCAUGACGGCACCAACAAUGAACAUUUUCAACUCUGCUCCCGAUAGCUCGUGGUUCAUGGGCUACGAAAUGGAGCCGACUGAGAUGAACCAAGACAUGAGCAUGACUGGCAACGGCAUGGAAAACUUUGGCAUGUUUCCGGGUAACAACAAUGGCAAUCCCGGAAACGGUGGCAGCAUGCCCCAGCAGAACCACAUGGGCGGUGGGCUGCAGCAUGGCAUGUGA